AAACGAACCAAGCCCAUCUUUAACCGUAGCACAGCCUCUUUCUUUUUGUUGUUAUUGGUGCUGAAGAAAAUCAGGUUCUUCACAUAUAUAUGAAAUUAUAAAAAAAAAAAAAAAAAAAUUGUAGUGAAUUGGGGUGGAUUGCUUGUGGAUCCAUUGUUUUUCUUUUCGUUGAGAUUACAAAAAAAUUUGAUUUGAAAUAUACAAUCAGAAUAAGCGCGAUGGGUCUUAAGAUAUUUCUGGUGGUGGUGGUGGGUUUGGUUGCAGCAGCUCAGAUAUCAUUGGCAUCGACGGUGCCUGCUUUUCUAUGGUCGCCGGACUUCUCUAGCGUUGAAUUGAAGGAAUCAGUAAAUUAUCAGGUCAUGUCCCCCAAGGAUCUAGCCAACUCUGUUAUCUCUCAAGGGGGCUGGUCUCACUUACUUUGCUCCGGGAGCCAACAUGAGCACCGUGUUGAUCUGGCCAUUGUUUUUGUUGGUAGAGAGUUGCACUCUUCAGAUGUUGCAGGAAACAAACAUGUAGACCGUGCUCUUAUGAACUUGCUUAAGGUCUCUUUUACCAGGUCCAAUUUCUCAAUGGCAUUUCCAUAUGUUGCUCCCUCUGAGGAGGAGACAAUGGAGAAUUUAUUGGUUUCUGGUUUUAAGGAAGCUUGUGGGCAUGGUUUGGGAGUCAGUAAUGUUGCAUUUUCGGAAUCAUGCUCUAUAGAGGGUGGAGAUUUCCAGAAACUUGGAAACUUGCAUUCAAUCAAUGAUCAUCUAUUUUCAAGGAUGGAAAAGAGAACAAAGGGGGAGACCGAUUUGGUUGUCCUAUGCCAUGGAGGCACUCAAUCAAUGAAAGAGCUUAACCCACCAUGCCCUGAGAGUGAGAUUAUGAAUGAAGUUAUCAGCACUGUGGAGCAGUCUGGGGCAAAAUAUGCAGCUCUUUAUGUUUCCGAUCCUUUUAUUUCGAUCCGCUAUCCUGGUUACAGAGAGCUUGAAAGAUUUCUUGCUGAAAGUGCUGCAGUGAAUGCUUCAACCAAUUCCAAAGGCUGUGAUGAGGUUUGCAAGAUAAAAUCAUCACUCCUAGAGGGAGUGUUAGUUGGAAUUGUGUUGCUUUUAAUUUUACUAUCAGGCCUUUGCUGUAUGAUGGGCAUUGACACUCCAACAAGAUUUGAGGUGCCUCAAGACAAUUGAUUGGCUGUUUGGUGCAACCUAGCUUUAUGUUAGCAUUAAGGCUUUUGUCCCAGGGACUGGUGAAAGGUAAUGCUUGUUACUUAGUUGCAAUGGGCAGGAACGUUACACUGUAAUAUUUAUUAACUUCUCAAGUUAAUGUAAUCAUGUUGGUAAUAACGAAAAAUGAUACUA